AUGGCAGUCAGCAAGCGCCAACCACCACCGCGCUACUACCACUGGCCAGAACUCCAACUGAACAUCUGGAUCAUGAUCGUUCUCUCAUGCAACGCGACUUGUCUAGGGAUAUUUGCCUGGUUUAUGGAUAUACAAGCGCAAAUGCAUCUCGGGACGCCUUGGCUCUUCCCCUACAUGGUAACAACCAGCGCCCUAGGGGUAAUCUUCAUAUUCCUCAUGAUAACGCUCUCAAUACGGAAAUUCCUCUUACCAGGCGUGAUAAUCAUUGGCAGUUUCAUCCUGUGUGUGCUGUGGUUAACAGGUCUGAUUGAGACGUCCUUGCAGCUGUACGGCGUUGUCGGGAAUGUGAAUGAUAAUUGUCGGAAUUAUGUGGAGGAUAAUCAGGCUUGGGGGAAUAAUAUUAAUACUCUUGCUUGGUUGACGCAGAGUACUAUUUGCAAUUGCUGGAAGUCGGCGUUUGCGCUGGAGCUCGUUAAUACUAUCUUUUAUCUUUGGAUGAUGAUUAUGUCGUGGCAGGUUAAUCGGGAUGUUUGGGAUUGA